CUCUCGCGAUGCGCGGGAGCACGCCAUCGGAGUGGGCCGGAGGUAGGGCCUAUAAAAGGCCCUGCCUCGUGUGCCACGGCCCACUCCGGAACAGAUCGUCGAGGGAUUCUGAUUCUUCGAGGGAUCCAGAAGAGCGGACAAGGAGUUUUUCUUUUGGUAUGGUGGGGGGAAGGAGAGUCAACGGGCCCUCGCAGGGCCCGGCGCCGGGGUAGCAACCGCGUCAAGGCUUGUCACACAGGCGGCUCGUCCCGCACCGGGGCCUCGCAGGGGCACUUCGGCCUCAGCCCCCGCUCAACGGGCGGGGGGCCUUAGUGGGGGCGACGGGCCUCCAUGGCACCCCCCUCCCCCCUCUUUUUUGCUUGUUACCCCUCUCAUGGGGCUUCGUGGCCCGGAGCAGCCGGGUCAUCAGGCCGAUCAGGGCGCAGGCUUACAGGGGUAGCGGCUAGGCCUGCCCAGGCGCACGUGGCAGCCCCCACCAGUCAGGCCAUUUAGAACCCCCCCCCAGUAGCAAGGGGGGUAUUUUUCUUUGUGCUGGAGGCUGGGUCGAUAGGCGGAGCCUGGCCCAGGUGGCAAAACAGCCCAGGUUGCCUGGGUUGUAGAGAAUGAGGCCUCAAUGGGGCAGUGGCAUUUUAUUCCUGGGAAGUGGUUUUCAUUCCCCACUCCACAGGUGGGUGGUGGAUCUUAACUUGGGGAAGCAGGUUUAACCCGUAACUCCCCCACAUGGUGCGUGUGGGGGACCCCGGGUCAGUCACAAUUCUCUCAGAACUCUCUCAGACCCAGUGACUGCUUAAAAUGUCUGCUUUAAGGGGAGGAAGGGUUUAUAUUGUUUGAAGACCCCAGUGACCUCCCAGUCCAAGAGCAAGGGCUUGCUGGGCCCAAGGCAGCAGUUAUGGGCCAAGUACUAUUGUUCACAUUUAUCUGCUUUUACUAACAUUAUUGCCUUGUUUUGGGGAUCUCCAUUUCCGUUCCUUGUCCAGGCUGGCUGAGUUAGCUACUAGGCUUUUUGGGUCACUAUUCUCAGUGGUGCGAGGGGCUAUCACGCUCUGAGGUGCUGUAGCUCAUUGGAUUAGUCACUCCUGCUUUGUUGCACGAUGGCACCAGCUAAGGGAGGUAAAAGGAAAACCCCAAGUGGGGGUCAGGGUCGAGCAAAACAGGCCCCUAAAGUGAGGAUUACAGCCUCCAGUGGGUCAGGCGCCAGCAGAGCAGAACCUGGCCCAUCUCAGAGAGCUCGUAAAGAGCCCCCUUUACCUAGCAGGCCCCGGCGAGCAACGGCAGGGAAGGCGCCCGCCUGGCGUAACCUAGAUUCCCCAACAGGGGCCAGGGCUGGGCAGCCCACCACAUCAUCUCAGGUUGCCCGCUCCAAGAGCUCUCAGGGGGCGGCCGCUAGAACUUCAGGAGCCCGGAGGAGGGUGGCAACAACCCCAGUAAAUAGACAUUCUGUGCAGGGAGUGGCUCCAGCCCCCUCCCCUGGGAGUCAACCAGGCCUUUCUAAUCUGAGUGCCCAAAUUUUCAAUGACCUGGCGAAUACAUUCGCAAGGCUGGCCAAAAGCUCUUCGCCCGGCGGGGCAGUAGCUUCAUUCGCAACUACAACAGCGGGCCCAUCUCAGCCAGCGGGGGACCAGGGGGAGGAGGCCUUUUCACAGGAGGAAGAGGAGGAGGAGGAGGUCUUGAGCCCUUCAUCAGCUGAAGAAGGUGAAGAGCCCAGCCGGGACCGCCAUCGUAAGAAACCAAGAAAAGGAUCUCGCCGGCAUGCAUCUAAGCGUCGCUCCCCGUCAUCUUCCUCCACUUCUUUAGGGUCACAGAGAGUCAUUUGGGUGGUUGGCCACAGCAUCGUCUUCUGGACUGGCAGACAUGCAGCCUCAUCAGGAUGGGGUCGGGACCUUGGCCUACACCAACAGUCCAGACUCCGUUGGAUUGGGAAAAGAGGCAUGCGUUGGCACGACCUUCUCCCCAUCCUGCGGACCAAGCUGCAAAUCUUCCAGCCUCCCCACGCACUGGUGUUACAGCUGGGAGAGAACGACAUCCCUGCAGUGAAGAGCGUGCAGCUGCUUCAAACAAUGUUAGCGGACUUGGACUCCAUUCACCACCUGCUACCGGAAACUACGAUCUUCUGGUCUCACUUGUUGGGGAGAUGCGUCUGGAGGGGAGCCUUGGACCCGCUUCGGGUGAAUGGAGCCAGAGCGAGGAUUUGCCGGGCUGUGUCGCGUUUUGUUCGGGGUUUUGGGGGGCGGGAGGUUCCACAUCGGGACAUUUCUCCUAAGGUAGAGUCUCUGUAUAGACAGGAUGGGGUUCAUUUAUCGCCUCAGGGCAUGGACUUGUGGUUGCAUAGCCUGAGAACAACACUGUGUGAUUGGCUGAAAACUUAGGAGGCAUUUGGCGGGAGCCGGGGGAAGGAUCUACCUUCCGGCCCGGCUCUGUGGCGGGUUGCGCAUGGGGGGUGAUCCGCUGGCAAGGGGAGCUGGGAGAGCUCCCCUGUUUACUACACCUCCUUAAGAGGUAGGGGUGGAACAAGCCCAC